UUUGACGUUUGAAUUCCAGUUUUCGGAUAUCUUUGACCAGGGCUCCACCGUAGAGCGGUCUUAGUUGAUUUAUUAAAUGUUUCCAUCCUCGACAUAUAUAUUGAUCCAUUACAUCGGCAUCAGAGGACAUUUUAACUUGAAGUAUUUAUUGUUGCAAGCUUUCGAUAUUCAUACAGAAUUUCUUCAUCAGGCAAAAAUAUAUUUGUAAACUAAAAUUCAUGUGUACGUUUCCUCCUCCAAGUCAAGUUUUGUUUGAUAUCAAAUAAUUACAUGGUUACAUUUAUAAUUUUUUUUAAAUUUUUGGAAGAUGGUUGGAAGAUGGGGGCCCGGAUUUUAUUUCAGUAAUUGAAGAGAGGGAGAAUAUUUGUGAAUGCCGACUGAUUUUAGUGGUGACCUUGCUCUUGUAUCUCUUCUCUUUCAGCGCUGGUAGUGAAUUACCCAAGAAAGCAGCUAGAACAAUCCACUGAUGCCAAGAAAUGUGUGCAUUUCACGAUAUGUAACCAUCACGACAUAUCCAUCACGAGGGAUCUUCACUUUUAUAUACUUUUAUAUAGUAAAUACAUUGUGUGUUCACGAAAAAAAUUUAUUGGGUAAUAAGAAUUCUUACUUUACAAAAUCACGAAUGUAUGUAACUAUGAAUUUUUAGUCCUUUAUAAAAUCGAAGUGGAAGUCAGUGCUUCUCUGGAAUUGAGAUGUUUCAAAAAUCGCUCUAAUAUUUCAGAGUUUUAAGUCUCUCUAACAUAAUUGAUCAUGUUGGUCUUUAACGCUGAGAUUCUUCAGGUGCUUGCACGAUAUGAUAAAUGCAUGCAACGCUACAUAUCCAGGCCGAUCGUGGAGUGGAACGUUUCUUCGGAAAAGAUGACUUAUCGGAAAGGAAUUUAUGCCACAUUUUGGUGGUAUUUCAACCUGAUAUUUGUCAUCGGAAUUACUGGGAUUGUAGGCGUUGUUGUCUUACUCUUCGCACAAUUGCAUGGAUUCACGGCCUGGACACCACUGCCGAUUUUAUUUCUUCACGUGAUGAUCCUCUUUUUUGCCGUGUCCGGAUUUCUCGUUGGAAUUGGGCAUAUAACUCAUGGAGAAGAAUUUGUGGGGGGAUGGAACGCCUUGUUUGCAGAAUAUGCCAGAUGUAAAGAUCCAGAAGGAGAAGUUACCCCCAAUUUGUGGUCAAAUGUCGUCACCAUUUUUAUUUUUUGAUAGCUGCCAAAAACACUGAAGUGGCAUGGUAUUCAUGAUACCAUGCUUGCUAUACCAUACAUUGCAAAUAAAAUUAAAUUAAAAAUUUAUCAAUAAAUAAAAUCCCAAGUUGUGAGGAUUUUAGUCUGGCAAAAAAAUGAACGCAAUUAACCCUAAGUAAUUUGAUUUAUCAACUCCAGUUCGUACAAACAAGAAGCUGAGAAGCGAUCCUUUCUGGAUCGUCCUGUCAAUUAUCGUCUACCAAUUCACCUUCUACCCGUUCAUCCUCGUGCCGGCAUUUCAAUUUCUAAAAGUGGAUCACCGUGCAUAUCUCGUUGACAUGACACACCUCACCUGGUUUGGGAACAUUAUUGGGAGAACAUUCGCCUUCUACACACUCCUCGUCUCCAUCCGUGAGAUUUGUCGAUUCCUCCCACAAAGUUUUAUUUUGCUGCUGACUGUGAUCAAAAUGUUGAACGAAAUCCUAAAAUCUCUGACCAGCUCGAGGAAUCGGUGGCGUUUGAACGCCAUGAUUUCAGAAUAUAUCAAAUUGUUCGUAAUAUUUCAAAGCGUUCGAAAAUUACUGGAAUACCUAAUCGUGGUUUUGAUGGGGAUUGGCAUGGCUUGCAUGAUUGUCAUAAGUUAUGUAACGAUUCGUAUGCAUUCACAUUUCCCGCUCUGGUUUUACGCCUAUUUUCCAAGUGUAAAUGUUUUUGUUGUAGUUGCUUCCAUCAUUUCUCUUCAAAUAAUAAUAGACGUGUAUGAAAUUUCGCAAAUGGCGUUAAGAAAUUGGCAAUCGUGGGCGAAUAGUUUGACGACGGUGAAAGAGAGGAGGAUUUUAAAAACGAGGAUAAAAUCCAUGGAACCAAUGAGGUUUUGUGGAAGGCUGUACUAUUGCAGGAUGUACUACAUGGACAACAAUAUUAAAAUUGCUUAUUUUUCGUACAUUUUAAUGCAGACAAUGAAUUUGUUGUUGUCUAGGAUUAAAUGGUGAAGGCUUGCACUUUUACAUAAUUUUUUUGACAUACAUUUAUAAAUACUUACAUACACACCUUCUUCACAUUUGUAUUCAAUUUUAUGUUCUAUUUAUAAGGUACAUAGACAUAUUUGAA